GUGCCCGGAAGGACCUCUGUUUCUCCGGAGCCUCCCCUGUCAGUGCGCCGCACACAACACCAGCCGGAGAAGAUGCCGCUGUACGAGGGGCUGGGCAGUGGGGGAGAGAAGACUGCGGUGGUCAUGGACCUGGGAGAGGCAUUUACUAAAUGUGGAUUUGCUGGCGAAACAGGACCAAGAUGCAUUAUUCGGAGCGAAAUCCGAAAACCUGGCCUUGCAAAGCCUAUCAAAGUCGUCCAGUACAAUAUUAACACAGAAGAACUCUAUUCGUAUCUCAUAGAGUUCAUUCACAUGCUAUAUUUCAGGCACCUUCUGGUGAAUCCUCGGGACCGCCGGGUUGUGAUUAUAGAAUCUGUACUCUCGCCCUCUCAUUUUAGGGAAACUCUCACCCGGGUUCUCUUCAAAUAUUUUGAGGUUCCCUCUGUUCUGUUUGCUCCGGGUCACCUGAUGUCUCUUCUGACACUUGGCAUCAACUCUGCCAUAGUGCUGGAUUGUGGAUAUGCAGAAAGCCUAGUCCUGCCUGUAUAUGAAGGUAUUCCAAUUCUCAGCUGCUGGGGAGCGCUUCCUCUGGGUGGAAAAGCCAUUCACAAGGAGCUGGAAUCGCAGUUGUUGGAGCAAUGCACAGCAGACACAGGGACAGCCAAGGACCAGAGCCUCCCUUCUGUAUUGAGCAAUGUACCAGAAGAAAUAGUGGAGGAGAUUAAAGUGCGUGUUUGCUUUGUAAGUGACCUGCAGAGAGGCCUCAAACUCCAGGCUGCCAAGUUUAACAUUGACGGCAGCUCAGAGCGCCCUGCUCCACCCCCUGAUGUUGAUUACCCACUAGAUGGACAAAAGAUUUUGCACGUCAAGGGAGCAAUCAGGGACUCUGUUGUGGAGCUGCUUUUCGAGCAGGAUAAUGAAGAGAAGUCUGUUGCCACAUUGAUCCUAGAUUCACUCGUUCAGUGUCCAAUAGACACCAGGAAACAACUGGCAGAAAACAUUGUUGUUAUCGGUGGCACGGCCAUGCUGCCAGGAUUUCUUCACCGGUUAAUGGCAGAGAUUCGUUACUUGGUGGAAAAACCUAAAUAUAAGGAGUCUCUGGCAUCUAAGUCCUUCAAGAUUCACACUCCUCCUGCAAAACCAAACUGCGUGUCCUGGCUUGGAGGAGCAAUAUUUGGUGCUUUACAAGAUAUCCUCGGCAGUCGUUCUGUAUCUAAAGAAUAUUAUAACCAGACUGGCCGUAUACCCGAUUGGUGCUGUUUAAACAACCCUCCUCUUGAAAUUAUGUUCGAUGUUGGAAAGUCUGCGCCCCCCUUGAUGAAAAGAGCUUUUUCCACUGAGAAGUGAUGUUGCCACCCUGGAAAUUUCAUUGUAUUGGAAGCUUGCCCUGGUCAAAGACUAUAUAUGCGAGGAAGAAACACUAUUUAUUGUACCCUUCACUGCUAGGGAGACUGUGGAGUGUGGAGUAUUUUGCCUAGUUACACAGCGGAUACUGCAUUUUGUUGUGUUACAGUAAAGAGCUACCUAACAGCAAACAAGUAUUCAGGAUACUAUUAGAGUUUUUUCUUUGGUCAGUGUAGAGGUAAUUUACCACUCUGGUGAUGAGA